AUGUCCGAUAUACAGCUCUACCUGGUCGAGGCCGACAAAAACAAAGACGAGGCUAGAAGGCUAGCCGCUCGUUCUGCCGCUGCUCUUGCCAAUGGAGACCUCAAGCUUGUUGAACUUAUCGAAAAUGCCGGCGAAUACAUCAACCAUGAGGAUGCAACUAUGCGAAUCAAAUCGCUCUCUUACUUGGCUGAUGUCCUGGAACAAGUCGCCCCAAAGGUCUUGAAAGGCCAACAGCGUAAUCUGCUAUGCGGCUUCAUUCUGACCAGGGUUUCCGAUGAUAGUGAAGGAACAGGUCAUUGUGCGAGGGCACUAAUGGCUUUGGAGAGACUGGGUAAAUGGGACUCAGAUACUGCAGCCAACAUCGCAAAUACGUGGGUUAUCCCGGUCCAAUUAGGUAGUGAAGCACGCGACUAA